CUUCUCACGUUCCAUAGCAGCCAUUUGUGAUCAGGACAAGGACACUAUCGUUUCGUUUCAAGUGCCUACCUUCGCUCGGUUUUUGAAUAUUUAUUACUCAUGAAAUAGUAAAUCCAUAAAUCAACUAUAGAAUCUCGUGCUUUUAUUUCCACUUAAUAACAAGAAACAUUCUCCUUUAUUAUUAAACAGUAACAUGUUACAAUAACGUAUAAUUCGAAUUUUUUUUUCGUCUUACCCAAGCACUUUGCAGCUAUCGAAUAUCAGUUCCGUUUUGUAAUAUGAAAUCAUAACACUGAGGUAUAAUACGAUAGCAUAGAGACUUUGUGAAUUAGAAAAUUAAUAAUUUUGGGCAAUUUAUUAACCAAGUCGAAAUUAACGAUGGAAUUAGUGAAGUCUGUGAUGAAUAGUAGAUUAGUGAAGUACAUGAAAAGGUACUGUACAAUAUUUACAGUCGAUUUAAGUGCUGCAAUUGGUCUGGUUCAUUUAUGGAACAAAGGAUACAAGUAUUUGGUACCGACCGCAACCCUAUGCUGUAUUGGUGGAAGUUACUUGUACUGUCGCAUCAAAUCUCGAGACAAAAUAUCCCCGAAUCAUGCCAUUAUUAUAAUUGGCUGCGAUUCGGGAUUAGGAUACAGUCUGGCGUUACACUGUCGACAGCUCGGGGCAACUGUGAUUGCCAGUGUGCUGCAAAAAGAUGGUCCCGGGGCUAAGAAGUUGGGACAGAAGGGUGUACAUGUUUUUUCCUUAGACGUGACGAAUUUUCUUGACCUUUCACACUUUGUGGACUCUGUGCGAUCAUUAUUAAAUGAAGAAAACUUAGAGUUACGGUGUUUGAUCAAUAACGCCGCCGUGAUGAUCUUCGGCGAAUUCGAAUGGCAAACGCACGAGCAGAUCGAGAGGCAAUUGCAGGUGAACUUAUUCGGCGCUAUCAGAAUCACUCGAGAAUUGAUGCCGAUGAUCCGUAUCCACUCGAGCAGGAUUAUCGUGAUCUCGAGUCAUUGUAAGAUCCAACCGAUUCCUGGAGUGGCGACUUACAGCGGAACGAAAGCUGGCCUCACCGCUUGGGCCACGGCUCUCAGGCUGGAACUAAAGAAAUAUGGCGUCAAGGUCAUUUGUUUUAUUCCUGGCUCUUUCAUCAAAGAAAGCAACAUAAUGGCAGGGCAAGCUGAACAUUUCAAAAUGAUGAUGGAUUCAAUGCCUGAAGAGGCGAAACACUUUUAUGCUGAUUAUUUCAAUAAUUAUUGCAAGUAUUUCUCGUCGGUGUCGCAGGCGACCAAGUUGGAAAAGCUGCAAGAUCCGCGGAUCUACGAGGUGUUCGAAGGCGCUCUUCUUGACAAGUAUCCAUCAGCGAUUUACAAGAAUGAAUCAUGGAGAUACUUUAUCUACCACACCUUGUUCGCGAUCACGCCGUACUGUCUAAGCGAUAUGCUUGUGUUGAAGUUCGUCCAAGGCCCUCCUUGGAAAGGACCAGGAGCGAUGGUCAUGAAUGAGAGUGCAGAAGCACUUCCGGAUCAGUCGAAAUGAAGAUUAGAAAGAUUAAAAAAAAAAUUCUGAAAAUAUUUGUUAAGGAUAUUAGGAAUUUAUAAUAUGUAAGGAAUUUGAAAUUUCAUACUAAGAGGAAUUUUGAUUAAAUGAUAUUGAUUUUGUCCCAAUACAGUAAUCACAGUUAUCAAACAGAGAAAUUACCUGAAAUACUAUCUCCGUUAUUUCCUCUGCAACCUUGUACAUAUUGUAUUUUCUUCAGUUUGAAACCUUCCUCCAAUUAUAUGACAGCUAGGGAAAUACACUCGAUAAGCAUAUGGGGGACGACCCGAAGGAAUUGAGGUUGAAUCACAGAGGGCUUUACAAGCCUACCACGUUUUCUAGAUUCGCGUUACGAUCUUGCUGUCUCGUAGGGAAACGUAACACGAGCUUCCAAAACGAACACUUCCCAUGGGAAUUGGUUUUAUUACAUGUCGAAUCGGUUCGUGUCUUAGGGAUACCUCUGUCUAUUCAACGAGGACGUCUCUUGCUUAAUUAACACGUGUCCGUAAAGUGUUAUAGAAGAUAAUGAUAACUUGUAAGCGAUAAAACUGUAAUUAUUUGAUACGGAAAGAAAUAAAGGUAUCAAGCGAUUAAAUAAUAA